AUGGAUAUCCCAGAGAUCAGGGCCCUGAUCGCAGAGCACAUGGAGCUUGACACAUUGUGCUCCGCAGCACUAAUCUGCAGAACCUGGCGCGAUACCUGUAUGCCCUUGAUCUGGAACAACAUCUCCUGGACCUCCCAGGUUCACGAGCGGCCGACGCCUGAGGCGCUGCUUGUUAAUGCGCACCUUGUUCGGACGGUUACCAUUUUCACGAUGAGGCUUGAUGGUUCCAAAAGCAAUAGCAGUGGUGGUGGUGGAGAUGGUGGAGAUGGUGGAGACGGAGGUGGAGAAGUAGAAGCAGGAAUAGGAGAAGGAUCAGGGGCGGAAACGGCAGCAGCAGCCGUCGGCGGAGAAGUAGUAGCAGACGAAGAGGCAAUGGAUACAGGAGAAGCAAGGAAAACGGAUACUAAAGCGACAACAAAGGCUGAAAAAGAGUUCCCGUUUGCGCCGUGUCGGAGGAUCGAGGAACUCAACCUACAGCUCAACAUCCGGCAGGCUCUGUUAUGGGAUAACCUCACAGAUCUCGUCCAACACAACCCAGGACUCAAGACCCUAUCCGUCUUUCUUUCCGGCGUGCCUCCAACUCUCGAGUUCAUGCAAGCCCUGGCACGUACCAACACCCUCUCAGCACCAUCCUCACCAUCAAGCACAUACACAUCGCCAUCAUCCUCACACGGCUCAGGAACAGGAAGCGGGGGAGGACUGAGGACGUUCAUGACAAUGUUCCUCGACUUGAACAAAGAUACCACAGAAGCCCUCCUUGACCUCGCCACAAGACUCGAAUCCCUUCAACUCAACGGCGCCACAACCGUCGACCCCGGAUCCCUCGACCGCUGGCCCAUCUUCCCAAACCUCGUCGUCCUUAAACUCGGCCUCAGCUCCGGAAUCACCCCACAUCAUCAACUCCAGAUCAUUCAACGGUGUCCACAAUUACAGUCUUUGGCAUGGGAUCUUGAGGAAUCUGCAGCGACAGGACCCCUGACGUAUGAUGGACCGCAGAACCCAACCCCGGAUACGACGGCUUAUUAUAAUUAUCGGUUCCCAACCACGUCGGUGUGUCAGUUAUUUGAGCCGGAGUUCUGUCCGCUGUUGGAGAAGCUGUCGAUUACUUAUCCGGCGCUUUCUGAUCGCGAGUUGGCAAGGGUUGUGGAGGCGUGUCCCAGGUUGACGUUGUUUGAGGUGUUUGAGACCGGAUUUGGGGCGAGGGCUUUUCAGGCCAUGACGAGGCAUUUUGCGCAUUUGACGAGGUUGGAUAUUAGGAGGUGUUCGGGAGUUACCAGCCCUAUGGCGCAGCAGAUUUUGACGUCUUGUAGAAGAUUGGUUUUCUUUUGUGGAGAUGCCCUUCACGCUCGGGAUAUCGUCGGUUUUCAACCUCAGCAACAACUUCAGGAAACCAACGCCGACGGAACGGUACAGCCAUCGCAGGAACAACAACUCCAACCCCAGGACUGGGUGUGCACAGACCUAACCUGGUUAACACUCUAUAUCUGCGGUCUCGAAAACGCCCCUCCCACAUGGCUCCCCAUAGUCCUAACCCAACUCGCCCGCCUAACCUCCCUCGACUUCCUCACAAUCUCCCCCACGGGCCCCGAAUUCGACGGAACCAAGGACGGACUCCCCCUCUCCCUCUCCUCAGGCCUCUCCACCCUUUCCACCCUCACAAACCUGGAACGCUUCUGUUUCCAUGGACUGGCCCAAGAGAUGCAAGAAGCAGAUGUCCAAUGGAUGGUCGACUAUUGGCCGCGGCUGGUGAGGGUUGAAGGGGUUGUGCACCCAGAGAGGGAGAGCCGGAUGGUGCUUGAGCCGAUUUUAAGGAGGGAGGGCAUUGAGGUUUGCGGGUACUUUGGGGAUGAUGACGAGGAUGUGUUGGGGCUGCAUGUUAUUGUGUCUGAGGAUGAGGAUGGGGAGCAGAUUGAUUUUGGAGGAAUGGAGGAGGAUAUGUUGGUCGAGGAGGACGAGGAGGCGGCUAUGGAAGGGUUAGUCGAUACUGCUGAUCAACCUGCUGAAUUUCAACCUAUGGAGGGAGCUCCUCCAGCACCACCAGGUCCUCAAGAAGACCAGGACCAAGCUUAG